GUUACUUAGCAACCAGUAUUUUGACGGGAGACCUGAGAAUCAAAAGGAAAACAAAUCAAAUGCAAGUGCUUGGUGUUACUGAUAGCAAAUAAUAGGCCUAUUGUAUUUUCUUAUAAAUUUAUCAAGCUUCUAAAGGAAAUACACAUAACGCAUAACAUUGCACCAUGGGUCAGACACUCACCCGUGCCGCCCAGUGGACAUCUGUAAGUGACGGCGGUCAAGGACGCCUUGAAUUUUCACCUGUCAACGAGGCUCUCUUGAACAGCAUCAUCAAGUAUGUUGAAGGUUUUCCUGCAAAGCAUCCUGCUGAAGCAGCAAUAGUGUUCAAGUCACCACUUCAGUGGAAGACAGUGCUUGAACCUACAGCUUUUGGAUCAGGCUAUGAAACAAGUAAUGAUGCUGUUACUUCUGAAGCCAAAGAUAAAAAUGAUCAGCCGCUUCUGACUAUGCGUAAACUCGGUGAAUUGAACUACGACCUGAAAGUUCACUGCUUCAACCAGCUUUGUAAUGUUCUGAAAGUGGCUGGAGAAAUGAAGAUGCGGGAAGCAAGAGCUAUCCUUGAAGCCAAUACUGAUCCAAUUGCCAAGAUGUUGGGAGAUGGAUUUGCCACCACUGAAGGAGAGGACAAUUCCACGCUUCGUCUCCUUGAACAGACAAAGAAAGAAAGCGGAGAUGAAGGAGAUGAACUUGAGAGUAAACUGCGACUUUUGCUUCUGAUUCAGCAAGUUGACAUGCAACUUAUGAACCAGUCCCUCAAGCAUAUUUCACAAGAAGUACGCCUAACUCCGCAACAAGUGAACAGCGAGGUAGCUCUUCUGAAGCGUUUCUGUGGCAAUGACAGUGGAAGUGUCCUGCAGUCAAUAGCAUUCACAACAGACUACAUCUUCGAUAAUGGUUGCCGGGCCCCACCUUGGAGACAGGUUCAUGGUGACAUCUGCUGUCUUGACAUCAUGCCCCUCGAUGGUGACCAGCUUACCGUGACUGCCAACACUGCCGGUGUUUACAUGAACAAGGGUAUUGAUGAAUCUAAUGAACAAAGCUAUGAACGAGUUGGAGACGUUCACAAAGACCUUCUUACUCUCCUGAAAUCUAAGAGUCCAAAGUUUGCUGAAAGAAUUGCAAGUAAAGAGUUCGAACUGAAGGAAGAACAAAAGAAAGAAGACAUCGAAACGUAUGAGGAUGACUUUGAUGGUGAUGUGACAGAAAGAGGACAGGAAGAGAAAAAGGAAGAGAAGAAGGUUGAAAAGACACACAAACAGACAGCCAAAAAGAAGAAGCGGACUGCUGGUAGAAAUAAUGCACCGACACUCAACUGGAAAAAUGAAGAAAUGAACAGACAAAACAGUGAAAAAAGGGAGAGAGAUAAAAGAGAAAAAUCAGAGAAGAGGGUGUCAAGACAGACAAAUGAUCGCAAACAGAAAACACCAGCCCUUGAAGAUGAAUUUUACAGUGACAGUUCAUCCGAAAGUGAAGAAGAGGAGGAUACACCAGAUAGAAGACAAGAACAAAACUCAGAUUUACCCUCUGAGUAUUGGCAGAUACAAAAACUAGUGAAAUAUCUUAAGGGAGGCAAUCAGACAGCUACGAUUAUUGCUCUCUGUGCUAUGCGCGACUUCAACCUAGGCCAGGAAACUUGCCAACUAGCUAUCAGGGAUGUCGGCGGAUUAGAGGUUCUUAUCAACUUGUUAGAAACCGGAGAGAUCAAAUGUAUGAUUGGUUCCUUAAAGAUUUUGAAGGAGAUCUCCAAGAACACUCAGAUUCGCAAGGCCAUUGCUGAUCUUGGUGGACUGCAAACAAUGGUGGACAUUCUCAAGUCGUCCAGCAAGGACCUGAAAUGUUUGGCUGCAGAGACCAUUGCGAAUGUAGCUAAAUUCCGUCGGGCGAGACGAACAGUCAGACAGCAUGGUGGUAUAAAGAAAUUGGUGACUUUACUUGAUUGUGCGCCCCUUGGAUCUAUGCCAAUGACGGAUGAAUUUGAGAAGGAUGUUGAAGUUGCUCGUUGUGGGGCUUUGGCUCUGUGGAGUUGCAGCAAGAGCACUCGUAACAAGUUAGCAAUUCGAAAGGCAGGGGGAAUUCCCCUCCUUGCACGGCUUCUCAAGUCACCUCACGAGGACAUGCUGAUACCAGUGGUAGGGAGCUUACAAGAAUGUGCAUCUGAGCAAAGUUACAGACUUGCUAUUCGAACAGAGGGUAUGAUAGAGGACUUGGUCAAGAACCUCAACACAGAGAACCAGGAGCUACAGAUGCACUGUGCCAGCGCCAUAUUCAAAUGUGCUGAAGAGAAGGAAACCAGAGAUCUGGUGAGAUAUCAUGGUGGACUGGAUCCUCUAGUCAGCCUGCUCAGCAACUCUGAUAACAAGGAACUGUUAGCGGCUGGCACCGGAGCCAUCUGGAAGUGUGCCAUGAGUCCAGAGAACGUGGAACGCUUCCAGGAACUUAAGGCAAUUGAGAUGCUGGUAGCAUUGCUCAACGACCAACCUGAAGAGGUUCUUGUGAAUGUGGUUGGUGCGCUUGGUGAAUGUGCAGCUCAGGAGCCAUCAAAUCGUUCGGUCAUCCGUAAAACCAAUGGUAUUCCGUCUUUGGUUAAUCUUCUGACCGGCACGAAUCAAGCUCUAUUGGUUAAUGUCACAAAAGCAGUUGGAGCAUGUGCAACUGAACAAGACAACAUGGGGAUUAUAGACCGACUUGAUGGAGUUCGUCUUCUGUGGUCUCUGUUGAAAAAUAAUAAUCCGGAGGUACAGGCUAGUGCCGCUUGGGCAAUUUGCCCAUGCAUCGAGAAUGCCAAGGAUGCUGGUGAGAUGGUUCGCUCCUUUGUUGGUGGUCUAGAACUCAUUGUAAGCUUAUUAAAGAGUGAUAAUAAGGAAGUAUUAGCAAGUGUAUGUGCCGCUAUUGCAAAGAUUGCUAUAGAUGAGGAAAACCUGGCUGUAAUUACAGACCAUGGGGUGGUGCCUAUGCUAGCCAAGUUGGCCAGCACUACCGAUGACAGGUUGCGCCGACAUCUGGCAGACGCUAUUGCCCGUUGCUGUAUGUGGGGCAACAAUCGCGUGGCGUUUGGUUUAAACGGUGCUGUUGCACCGCUUGUCCGUUACCUGAAGUCACCAGAAAGCUCAGUGCAUCGGGCCACAGCUGAAGCUCUUUUUCAAUUGUCACGUGACCCUGAUAACUGUAUCACUAUGCAUGAAAGUGGAGUAGUAAAGCUCUUGGUUGGCAUGGUAGGUGCUGAUGACCAAGCACUUCAAGUGGCCGCAGCCGGAUGUAUUAGAAACAUCAGGAGACUGGCAUUAGCCAAUGAGAAAGCUCGUUACUCACAGACAUAAUUUACUUAGUUCCUCUCUUCAUUGUAACAAAGUAGUUUGUUUUGUAUAUAUUAUAUGAAUUAUAAAUCUGAAGAUUGAGCACAAGAAAAUGUUAUUAGGCAUGUAAGAUAACAGUGUCUGGCUUCAUUUCUGUUCUAGAAUUGUUCCCAACUGAAACCUUUGACACAAUAAUGUUUUGGAGAUGCACGGUAUUCGAUCACUGAGUAUUUAUUCCAUGCCAAAACUUGAUUACAUGUUGUAUAUGUUUAAAAGACACAUCAUUCCAAAAUUAGAUCAUUAUGAGACUGUAGAUAAGCAAUUCGUAUAUAUGAAAAUAACAGGUAAUAAAGAGGUUGCACAUCGAUACUAAAUUUAGUUGGUCUGUGAGUGCUGACUCUUUAUAACCUGUUAUUAUUGUUUAGACUAACAUGGCUACACAACUACUUUUAUCAAACCGAUAUAAUCAUAAUGAGGAUAGUGAUGUUUAUCUCAAUUUCAUGAUGAUGUUAAUAAAGAUAGUGAAUUAAAAAGAAAAAGAAAAUGAAAUAAAAAGAAUUUGAUGAUGGUGAUGAUAAUGAUGACAAUGAUGGUGUUUAAACGAUGGUGUUGAUAAAUAUGAUUGGAUGAUGAUGAUGGUGUUAAUAAAGAUGGUGUUGAAAAAUAUGAUUGAAUGAUGAUGAUGAUGUUGAUGAUAAUGCUGAUGUACAUGAUGAUAGUGUAAAUAGAUAUGAUUGAAUGAUGAUGGUGAUAACUAUGAUGAUGCUGGUGUUAAUCAAUAAUAUGAUUUUAUGAUGAUGAUGAUGAUUGGCAAUAAUAGUGUUAAUAGAAAAGAUGAAAUUCAGAAUUCUGUGGAAUGGUUUUUAUGAUGUACUUAAUUUAGGGGGGGGGGGAAAUUCCUAAACUUAAUUAGAAUAUAAGUAUAACUAUAAUUAUCACAUAUUUGACUUCAUCAAUUCUGAAAAGUGACGUCAUAUUGUUUUUGGAAUCUCAUUCAUCAUGAGUGUUGUCAGCAUCAUAAAUUGGCGACCACGAAGUAACUUUGGUAAAGUAUCCUAACGGAUAUCGGAAGGUCAAGGGUUCGAAUCCCGAUGAGGGCAUACGUUUUUCUCUAUAAUGUAUCGACUAUGAUGUAGCAUGUGACAAAGGCACAUACGUCAUACACGAACCUUGAAAUGUUUUGCUAAUGUUCAGCUGUUGAGAGCAACUUUGUCAAUGGUUAGAAAGAAAACACAUAUAAGAUACGAUUUUUGCUCCUAACAUUACAUCAAUGAAGAUAAUGCCUGACAAUAUCGUCUCUGUUUGCCAAAACUAGGUCCAUUUACUUAAUGACGUGUCUAUUGAAAAUUCUAUCUGACUUUUAUUGGCACACAAUUUUGAAAGUCAAAUCGUCACAUAAUGCAGUACGAUCUUAAAACACUUGCUGCUAACUCAAUGUUGACAGUGUUUUGUGUAAUUAACGUUACACAGAUCGUAAAUUUCCUUUAACAAUCGUUUCGGUUUUGGAAUAAUUACAACAGUCACCAGUGUGAUGUUUUUACAGUUAAUGACAUUUUAAUAUACAACAUACAGUACUUGUAAAUUUGAAUCUUGUGGCGUCAUUAUAUAAAUCCAAAUUUUUUGUUGGAUUUGAGUUUAGUAAACCUGGAAUAUGGAUUACUUAGCUUUAUCAUUACUAUACAAAGUUUUCAGAACCAUCUAUUUGGUGUACGUCAAUUAGAUACUAAUUGUAUCAUUCCUGUAGUUCCAUAUAUUUAAAGUGACAACAUAAUAAUUAUUUUGUAUUAUUAAAUUGCUUGUUCAGAAAACGCAAA